GGCCUAAAGCGGUAGUUACCACUGUAGUAAUAGGUGGGCCACGGGGAUAGAAUAAAGUACUCCGCGAAAUCGGAACUUCAAUACCGCAUAUAGACUCACGUGCUUCACGCCAAGAGCUCGUCUAUGACUAACCCAGAUAGGAGUCGACUGAUCCCCCGAUCCCGCGUUUCGCGUCCUUCCUCCGCUCUCUCCCUCAGCCGAGCCAUGGAGUAAGAUUGACCUCGCUGGUCAACCAUCCAUCCAAGGUCAUGCCUGAUGCGGUGCCUGACUGCCUCAAGUUGACGCACAUGCCCAGUUGACAGCCACAGCUGGCUUCGAAACAAUACCGGGAUCAGGCCUCCAAUCCCUCCUCCUCCUGUAUCUAGAGUCGUUUCUUUCUGGGCCUCGGACACGAUUAUGUGUACCUUGGAUGGACGCCACUGACUACUGAACAUGACGCAAACAGCUGCGAAGAACAUCCGAAUUGGUGGUGGGAGAUCGACGACGGGAUGCUUGACUUGCAGAGUCCGACGAGUCAAGUGCGACGAAACUUGGCCUCAAUGUCAGAAAUGUGCUAGAUCCGAUCGCGCUUGUCGAUACCCUGAGUCUUCUCCUGCUGCAACAACCGGAAGAUCGUCGCCGAUACGUUUCAUCAACUACGUGCCCCUUACGGGCUACUCACAGCCCAGUGGCCGCUCGUCUCCUCUUUCCUCCUUCGAGUCUAGAGCACUGGAAUUCUUCCAAUUGAGGACUGUCAGCGCGCUCAACUACCCAUUCACAUCCCAGAUAUGGUCCAGGCAUAUUCUUCUGGUCUCUCACUACGAACCUGCAAUCAGGCACGCUGUGAUAGCACUGAGUAGCCUGCAUGAGCUAUUUCUGGCGAACGAGAACUUGGAAGAUGACUCCGCCGAAGUCGAAAGUGCCACCAAACACUAUGCCAAAGCGAUCAAACUUGUGGUUGAUUCGGACUUUGUGCAGAAUGACCAGGCAGCCGAUGUUGCUCUUUCCACCUGCAUCCUAUUCACCUGUUACGAGACACUAAGAGGCCAUUAUCAAUCUGCACUCAGCCAUGUGAGGAGCGGAGUGAACGUCUUUGCCGAAGUGGUUAGUAAGCAGACUACAUUCAAUCUGUGGUUCGCUCCGCCAUCCUUGUAUCAAGAGGUCUUUUGUCGCCUCGGCACACAAUUGAUCGAGAUAGGGGAUGCAAACUUUCAGUCGCCCUCUCUGGGACUAUCGAGCUUUGAUCAGGCCAUACCUCAGGCUUUCCAGUCGGUUGAGAGCGCAGCUUUCACUUUUGACGCCCUUACACACUCAUUGUUAUAUCUUCUUCAUCAUGCUGAGAGUCUGUCAGCGCGUCCAGAGACCCCGGCCGAAGGACAGCUGCAAGAAAUAGGUGCAAAACAAGCAGACUUGAUGAACAGCUACCGGCAGUGGUGCGCUUCAUUUCAAAACAUGCUAGACCGCCACGACCGAACCUUUUUAAGCGCAGAAGAGGAGAACAAGUGGAACUCGGGAACCCUCAUCCUGAUCAUCUGGCGCACUCUCAUGAAUAUCCUGCUACAGAUCAAUCCUACCUCGGGUGAAAUGAUAUGGGACCAACUCGAUGCUGAAUGGCGACAAGUCAUCUCUGAUUGUUCCAAGGUAGUGGAGCUGGACAGACGGAAGAAUCAUCCCAACGACCCACAGACAUUUACACCCACAUUCACAAUGAGUCUGGGCAUCAUCCAAGGCUUAUGGCUGGUCUGCGUUCGCUCUCGCAACCCGAUCAUUCGGCGAGGCGCGUUGGACGUCUUACGCGACUGUCGUCGUCGGGAAGGUGUCUGGGACUCAACCAUCACCGCGCUAGCUGCGGAGAGGAUCAUCGAUAUGGAAGAGGAGGCCGCAAGACGGUAUCAUUCGGCAACAGACGAGUCGGGCGGUCACUUGAUCGACGCGAGCGAUAUCCCGGAGCACGUGCGUAUUGGGCAGAUCGAUCCAUCGUUCGGUCCGGGUCGGCAAGCCAGGGUACGAUACACCAGGGUUGGAGGCGGCAACUCGUUAUAUACCCCAGGAGGAUUUCGUAGUCCUGGUGCCUCCCACGGCAUGACCUAUGAGAGGUGAUUAGAUGGUAGAGUAUACCUCUUUCAUUGUCUCGAGCGGGAGAUAUCAGAAUGAAGACUGAACGCUAUCAGGGGCAAG